CCAUGCGUCAGGCGGCGCUCUGACCUUGCCGGGUUUGUCUGGUCGCGUGUCUCCGCUGCUCCCGGUCCGCCUGCCCCUCACUCGCCGGGAAGAUGGCUGCCGUACGCCGGGCUCGCAGUUUCUCCCGCUGCGUGCUCCGCUUCUCCGACCGAGAACUCUGCUAAUUCCCCCCGCGGGGAGGACGCGCGGACUGAGCGGGGGGCAGAGGCCCCCGGGACGGCACGGAGCCGCCCGAGCGCUGGCAGCAUGGCAGAAGCUGAAGAAGAUUGUCACUCUGAUCUGGUAAGAACUGAUGACAAUGAAAGACCUGGUGAAGCAAAUCUUCAGGCAGAGCUCCAAAUGUUCAGAGCUCAGUGGAUGUUUGAGCUUGCCCCAGGUAUGAGUUCUAGUGGAUUGGAAACUCUGCCAUGCAGAUCGUCAUCAAGAGGACCUGGAGUAAAGUCUGUAGAUACCAAAGGGAAACAGGAACUAGCAAAAGAGGAAAAGGCUAAAGAACUUUUCCUGAAGGCAGUGGAGCAAGAACAAAAUGGAGCCCUUUAUGAAGCCAUCAAGUUUUAUCGUCUAGCCAUGCAACUUGUACCUGACAUAGAAUUUAAGAUCACCUAUACGCGUUCUCCAGACGGUGAUGGAGUUGGAAAGCGGUGUGUUGAGGAUAAUGAAGACGAUGGCAAGAUGGCGGAUCUUUUGACGGAUUUCCAGCAGCAGUUAACUCUUCAGGAAUCUUCAGUCAAACUUUGUCAGCCUGAGCUUGAUGUCAGCCAGACCCAUAUCUCAGCAUUGCCUAUGGAAGUACUAAUGUACAUUUUCCGAUGGGUGGUUUCCAGUGACUUGGACUUAAGAUCGUUAGAGCAAUUAUCUCUCGUUUGUCGAGGAUUUUACAUUUGUGCCAGAGAUCCUGAAAUCUGGCAUCAAGUCUGUUUGAAAGUAUGGGGCAGAAGCUGCAAUAAACUUGUUCCAUAUGCCUCUUGGAGGGAAAUGUUUUUGGAAAGGCCUCGUGUUCGAUUUGAUGGUGUAUAUAUCAGCAAAACAACGUACAUACGUCAAGGAGAACAGUCUCUUGAUGGUUUCUAUAGGGCAUGGCACCAAGUGGAAUAUUACAGGUAUUUGAGAUUCUUUCCAGAUGGCCAAGUUAUGAUGCUAACAACUCCUGAAGAUCCUCAAUCUAUUGUUCCUCGCUUACGGACUAAAAAUACAAGAACUGAUGCAAUCUUACUUGGCCAUUAUCGCCUUUCGCAGGAAACAGACAAUCAAACCAAAGUAUUUGCUGUGAUAAUGAAUAAAAAGGAAGAGAAACCAGUUGACUACCACAAAUACAGGUACUUCCGUCGUGUUCCUGUACAAGAAACAGAUCACAGUUUUCAUGUAGGACUACAGUUGUGCUCCAGUGGGCGCCAGAGAUUUAACAAACUUGUUUGGAUACAUCAUUCUUGCCACAUAACUUACAAAUCAACUGGUGAAACAGCAGUUACUACUUUUGACAUUGACAAGAUGUACACACCUUUGUUCUUUGCACGAGUGAAGAGUUUUACUGCGUUUUCAGAAAAGCCGCUCUAAGAAACACCUUUUCCUCUCACAACUCUUGCAUGAAUAAAAGGUUGUAGCAAAUGAGCACUUAAAUUAUAAAUGUGUAUAUAUUUGGAACAUUUUAAAAUUCUGGGGAUUUGGGGGGAAGGCUGUAUGUUCUAUUUCAUUAGGGAUGGCUGGAGAUGAAGCUUAUAAGUAUUAAACAUCUUUACUUUGUGACAAGACUUUGAUAACAAAGUUUUUAUUUUUUUUUUUAACGGAUUUUAUAAAUCAGUAUGCCUAAAAUGCAAGUCUUCAUCUGCCUGGGCACCUUAAUGGUUUGUCCAGAAGGAGUUGUUUCAGGAAAAUCUCAUUGCCCAUGGGACAGUGUGCGCAUGCUCUCUGCUGAAGGCUUGAAAUGUGAAGGGGAGAAAAUUAUCUUCAAUCUGUUAAACUGUGUGACAUAAGAGAACGUCAAAUAAAUGUUUUCUUUAAAUUAAACUUAUUUUGUUUGCCUUUAAGAUCUGGCAUUCUUUCACCAUCAAUGUUAAGAAAAAACAAUUCAGGGCAAGCAAAUGUAAAGUAUAAAUUUAACCGCGAAGGUACCUCAUCACCACCACAGUGAUGUCAACUGGUCAUUAAUGUAAUUUGAUCUUAAUACAGCUUCAGUGAAGCCUGCCACCUUGAUGGGAUGGGCCUGAAGAACAGGAUUUGGGGAGGAAGUUUUUCUCUUGUACUGUAGGAGGAAUUGGCAGGGUACAUGGCUCUGCUUGGGAAGCCUCGCAGAGGUUGUGGUGAAUGUGUGCACCGAUUGUGCAUUGGCCAGGCCUAACUGCAUAAGAGCAGGGCUCACUUGAACGUGUUUCUUAAUGUGUUAUAACCUUUCAUCUAAUCUUGCUACAGAUGCUGUAAAUUCAUUGGGCAUUUGUUAUACUAAGAUAAAUUUUGAGGCUGCUGUAGAUGUUCAGGUGCUGUGUACUGCUAAUCAUGAAGUGUACCUUGAGGUUAAUUGCAGGUACUGUAUGCUGCUUCUCCUGCAUAUAUCGCUUGGGGGUGUAGUGCAGACACUGUAAUUCCGCUUAUUAUAUAUGUAUCUUUGAUUCUGAAAGAACUGAAGCUUUCUAGUGUAAUGUUUUUUUAAAGCCAUUUUGCAUAAUUUUCCUUUGAACAUCUCAUUUCAAAAUACUGACCUGGACUUGAGGACUAACGUGUGAAAGAACUAUACUUGUUCCAUAAUUUAUAAAGUGUAUCUUUGCAAGGAGCUACACAAUUAAAAACAUCAAUAAAUCAUGAUUUUGAACACACA